UGUCAGCUUACUGUUCAAGUUGUACUGCCUCACAGUGAUGACCCUGGUUGCUGCAACAUAUACGGUCGCGUUGCGGUACACAAGGACAGUAGAGACAGAACUGUACUUCUCAACAACAGCUGUGUGCAUCACUGAAGUUAUCAAAUUGUUCUUGAGUGUGGGCAUCUUGGCUAAAGAAACUGGAAGUCUGGCAAGGUUAAUAACAUCUUUAAAAGAAAAUGUAUUUGGAAGUCCUACAGAAUUGCUAAAAUUAAGUGUUCCAUCUUUGGUGUAUGCUCUCCAAAACAAUAUGGCAUUUGUGGCUCUUAGCAACUUGGAUGCGGCAGUCUACCAGGUGACAUACCAGUUGAAGAUCCCUUGUACAGCUCUAUGUACAGUCCUAAUGCUAAACCGUACCCUUAGUAAGUUGCAGUGGUUCUCUGUCUUCACGCUGUGCGGUGGUGUUACCCUUGUUCAGUGGAAGCCUGCUCAGGCUACGAAAGUACAGGUGGAGCAGAAUCCAUGGCUAGGGUUUGGAGCGAUUGCUGUUGCUGUAUUGUGUUCAGGAUUUGCAGGAGUUUAUUUUGAGAAGGUCUUAAAGAGUUCAGAUACUUCCUUGUGGGUGAGGAAUAUUCAGAUGUACUUAUCUGGGAUUGUGGUGACUUUAUUUGGUGUGUACAUGUCAGAUGGAGCCCAAGUUCUUGAGAAAGGGUUUUUCUAUGGCUAUACAUACUACGUCUGGUUUGUCAUCUUUCUCGCCAGCGUAGGUGGCCUCUACACUUCAGUGGUUGUGAAGUACACAGACAACAUCAUGAAAGGCUUUUCUGCAGCAGCAGCCAUUGUUCUUUCGACUGCGGCAUCAGUCAUCCUCUUCGGCCUCCAGCUAACUGUUACCUUCUCCCUGGGUGCCCUCCUGGUGUGUGUUUCUAUUUACCUCUAUGGAUUACCUCGACAAGACACCACAAAAAUCCAGCCGUCAGAGACUAAGAGCUCAAAAGAGAGACUUGCUACGGUGUGACAUUGUCCAUAAAAAUGGACAGACAAGAGGAAAAAUGGACUUUAAAAAAACGCUGCAUUUUUUUAAAAUUAGCCUUAAGCUAGUCAUGAAACUGUUCAAGUAGGAUAGACUAAAAGCAGAAGUUAGUUCUGUUUUACAUGUGAAGUUUCCAGUGGCUGAUGCUGAGGCUGCAUGACGGCCGAGGAGCUGGACGGGUGUUUUAUUGAAGGCAUUCUUCAGCCACAUCGGACAAUGAUGAGUCCCAUUUACAGGGAAAGCAGAAUGAAGGAACUGAACACUCAAUUGUAUAUAAUGUAUAUAAUGGAGGGAAAUCGGUUCUUUGUGUAUUUGAUAAACUGUCUUGCCCUUUGAGGGCAGAAAUGCCCAAACACUUCAUAAAAAUAAAU